CGCGACACUCCGGACGUCACAGCGCCGCGCCGCAGACGGGGCCCGGCGGGCCGCGGGUCCGGUGCCCGUGUCGCCGUGUCCCCGUCCCCCCGCAGCGCCCAUGUCCCCGCGGCGCCGGGACCAUGCUGUUCUCCCUGCGGGAGCUGGUGCAGUGGCUGGGCUUUGCCACGUUCGAGAUCUUCCUGCACGGGCUGGCGCUGCUGGCCUUUUCCGUGCUGCUCGUGCUGAAGGUGGACGGCGCUGCCGCCGCGCUGUCCUGGUGGGUGGUGUUCGUGCCGUUCUUCGCCGCUGAUGGGCUCAGCACCUAUUUCACCACCAUCGUGACGGUGCGGCUGUUCCAGGACGGCGAGAAGCGCCUGGCCGUGCUGCGGCUCUUCUGGAUCCUCACCAUCCUCAGCCUCAAGUUCGUCUUCGAGAUGCUGCUGUGCCAGAAGCUGGUGGAGCACACGCGGGAGCUCUGGUACGGGCUCAUCAUGUCGCCCGUCUUCAUCCUCCUCCAGCUGCUCAUGAUCCGAGCCUGCCGGGUGAACUGACGCCGCGAGGACGAGUCUGCCUCCCCUCGGGCUCGUAGCGACCGGCAGCGGGCUAUCCAUCCCCUGUCUGUUUCUGUACGGAGGGCAGCAGGUUACACAGGGCUGGCGCUGUGUGCUGUCACUGAGCUCGCUGCCGGGUCACAGUGUCGUGUUUCUUCCAGAGAUCCUUCUGUGCUGCAUCCUCUUUUCAGUUUACUCAGCUCCUGGUGUUCCCGUGCAUCCUGCCCUGCACUGUUUGAUAUGCUAGUCGUUUUAUUUUAAAAUAAAAAUGCAUGGAAGGAUUAGU